AUGCCCUCCCAACUAGGCUGGAUCUGGCCCAAAGACCCCCGCCGCGGAAACCCAACCCACUGGCGCAGACGAUGGCGACUCAAGGAUGUCCUCACGAACCACGGACCGGAUAUCUUCGUCGGCAGGAUCGGCGCCGCUGCGCCAGACGAGACGAAUUGGUCGCGGUGGCGACAGCGCGAGGGAGAGAGCGCCGAGAAAGGGAAAGGCAGGUGUGCGGGUGCGGGUGCUGGGAGGGAUGGAGGGGGUGGGUAUUAUUACGAAGAAGAUGACGAGAGGGACGGAGAUGAUACGCCGUUUCCAUGGGCGAGGCGGUCACCCGGGGAGAGGUAUGAUUUUCGGACGAGGAAGUAUCAGGUUCCCGAUGUGGGCACCUGGUCGAAGGUGCAGCGUUGUGGGUGUGAGGGACAUGUGGUUCCGUUGCGGUUUUGGGAUCGGUAUGGGGCGGAGUAUCCGGCUGAUCGGCAACAUGAUCUGGUGUAUAGGAAGAGAAGGUGGUUGUGA